ACUCUCGCUGUCGACUUGCUCAACCCUUCGCCUGAAUAUGAAAAAAAGCAGCACAAGCUGAAGAGGCUGGUGCAGUCACCCAAUUCGUAUUUCAUGGAUGUCAAGUGUCCUGGAUGCUUUGCCAUUACCACAGUGUUCUCCCAUGCUCAGACUGUCGUUAUCUGCGGUUCUUGCGCAUCAAUCCUUUGUCAACCCACAGGUGGUAAGGCAAGAUUGACAGAAGGUGCGCUCUUCUUCCGUUUGUCGUAUUUUGUAUCUUGUCUCAUGGUACACCUCUAG